AUAUAGAGGAGAGUGGAAAACACUCUGCAUCUUCUAUAGCAAAGGUUGCAUUUUUAUUUGUCACCACACUUUCUCUCUUAAUAUCUGAAACUGUGGUCGCUUUCUUGGAUUAGAAGAUUUGGCAGGUGCAGAGAUCAACCACGACUCAGCUUCUACAUCCAUACCCUUAAAACUUCACCCUUCUGAUUUCAUCUUCAACAGUUUCUUAUGAUUUUGUUGCUUAGGUUCUCGCUUAUGAUUUCAGUUUGAGAACCCCACAGCAGGUUGUACUCUAUUUUUGUAUUGAUUUUGAGAAGGAACUUGUGCUGGCUGCCUCUGUAAUUAUUAUAGCUUUAAAUUGUUCACCCCUGUUUCUGUACAAUCAACUACUAUCUGCACAAUAUUGAUACAGUAUUUGUUUUUGUUAUUCUUCUCGUUUUGUCUGGUUUUGUCGGGAAAAGAAACACCGUAAAAUAUUAUGAAUAUCUGUAAACUGUCACGGCUCCACUAUCAUUGAAAGAAAGUAUUAUUAUUGUAAUCUUUAUAAAUAAAUAAAGUAUUGUAUAAAAUAGUCUAGAUGGGAAGCCCUGGAUUCGGCAAUCAAAAUAAUGGGCAGCAGCAACGGUUAGGCAUAACAGAGCCCAUCUCAUUGGGUGGACCCACUGAAUAUGAUCUGAUCAAGACACGUGAACUUGAGAAGCAUUUGCAAGAUGCUGGCUUGUAUGAGAAUCAUCAGGAGGCAGUUAGUAGGGAAGAAGUACUUGGCAGGCUAGACCAGAUUGUGAAAAUUUGGGUCAAAACCGUAAGUCGUGCAAAGGGGCUAAAUGAACAACUUGUGCAAGAGGCAAAUGCCAAUAUUUUCACUUUUGGCUCGUAUCGACUUGGGGUACAUGGUCCUGGAGCAGAUGUAGACGUUCUUUGUGUGGGGCCAAGAUAUGCAUCAAGAGAUGAAGAUUUCUUUGGCGAGCUGCAUAAGAUGCUAUCCGAGAUGCCAGAAGUAACAGAGUUGCACCCUGUGCCUGAUGCUCAUGUACCAGUGAUGGGGCUCAAGUUCAAUGGCGUUUCAAUAGAUCUUCUUUAUGCAAAAUUAUCUUUGUGGGUCAUUCCUGAAAACUUAGAUAUAUCACAGGAGUCAAUAUUACAAAAUGCAGAUGAGCAAACUGUCCGCAGUCUUAAUGGUUGUAGAGUGACCGAUCAAGUCUUGCGUUUGGUUCCAAAUAUUCAGAAUUUUCGAACAACAUUGAAGUGCAUGAAGUUUUGGGCAAAGCAUCGUGGUGUUUAUUCGAAUGUUACAGGUUUUCUUGGUGGUAUAAACUGGGCGUUGCUUGUUGCACGAAUAUGCCAGUUAUUUCCAAAUGCACUGCCGAAUAUGUUAGUGUCUCGAUUCUUCAGAGUAUAUACAAAGUGGCGUUGGCCAAAUCCAGUAAUGCUUUGUGGUAUUGAAGAGGGAUCACUUGGACUUCAAGUUUGGGAUCCCAGAAGAUAUCCCAAAGAUAGAUCUCAUCUAAUGCCAAUAAUUACUCCUUCUUAUCCUUGCAUGAAUUCUAGCUACAAUGUGUCGUCAAGUACAUUGCGUAUUAUGAUGAAAGAAUUUCAGAGGGGAAAUGAAAUAUGUGAGGCUAUGGAGGCUAAGAAGGCCGAUUGGGACACUCUUUUUGAGCCUUUUCCCUUCUUUGAGGCUUAUAAGAAUUAUUUGCAGAUAGAGAUAUCAGCCGAGAGUGGUGACGAUCUUAGAAAAUGGAAAGGGUGGGUUGAGUCUCGCCUGCGCCAGUUGACAUUGAAAGUGGAGAGGCACACCUAUGGCAUGCUUCAGUGUCAUCCACAUCCUGGUGAGUAUCCUGACAAAUCCAGACCUUUCCACUACUCCUACUUCACGGGACUGCAACGUAUGCAAGGUGUUCCUGUCAGUGGUGCUGAUGUUUCACAGUUUGAUAUAAGACUGAGUGUUGAAGAAUUUAAGCAUUCUGUCAACAUGUACACUCUAUGGAAACCUGGAAUGGAUAUCCAUGUCUUUCAUGUGAAACGUCGUAGUAUACCAACCUUCGUAUUUCCUGGUGGCCUUCGACCUUCACACCCAUCUAAACUAGCUUGGGAGAGUAAGCGGGGUUCAGAAUUAAGUAUUUCUGGCCAUGCUCCACCACAACACUCUCAAGAAGGAGCCAACCAUGGCAGGAAGAGAAAACUAGCUGAAGAUAGUGCGCAUAGCUUGAGAAAUUCCAAGUCUCUUGCAUCUUUGUCUCCCUCCACGAGGGAAGUUCAUCCUGUUGUCAUUGCUAGUUGUUGCUAUGAGAAAUGUAAUGACUCGGAAAUCAUUAGUACCAGUGAAGAACAGAGUGAGAAACCUGAUUUGGAAUCUACAAGGGAAUGUCACGGGGAUUGGGAUGCCAAUGGAUCGUCUACUUCACAAGAUGCUGAAAAGCUAGCUAUUGAGAAGAUUAUGUGUGGUCCAAAUGAUGCAUACCGUGUCUUUUCAGAGGAAUCCGAUGAGCUUGAGUACAGAAAUCAAGUCAAAGAUUUUGGUGAGAAUAUGAAAAACAGCAGCAACUUAGACUCUUCAAACUCACAGGAACCAAUUAUUCCUCAGAAGGGCACUGCUUCUGCAACUUGUUUAAACUCAAACGGUGGUUCAGAAGACCUCGAGCCGGCGGAGCUGACGGUGCCAUUAUUUAGUGGGAUCACUGCACCUGUGCCACAGCGGAAGCCCCUUAUCAGGUUGAAGUUCACCUCCUUAGGAAAAGCUGCUGAUUGAAGUGCUGACACACUUGAAUUUGAAUUUUCUCUGAAUAUUUAGUGUUAUUAUUUUGUGGUUUUGAAAUGUACUAAUACACAAGAAUUUUGAUGUUUUAAAAAAUAUUUAAAAACCUUUUUAAUAUAUUAAUAUUAAUAUA